CAGGUUAGAAGAGUGAUGACCAUCCUGUUCCUUACUAUGGUUAUUUCAUACUUCAGUUGCAUGAGAGCUGCGCCCCUGAGAGACGCCCCGGGCAUGCGGGGCCAUCGGACGGAAGGCUACUUGGGCGCUGCUGCGACGGCCGCACGAGGCCAUGGGACUCCGCAGAGUGGUGGUGGUCCAGGCCAGCGCGGGGAACUGCCCUCACUCACAGACACGUUUGAGCAGGUGAUAGAGGAGCUGCUGGAGGUGGAGGGAGAGGCGGCACAGCUGGGACAGGGGGCUGAUAAGAGCCAGGGAGGUGGGGGCCCGUCCUCUGUGGUCACCACGGAGACCAAGGAUGUCGACCUGUACGACUCGCGGGUGAUGAUCAGCAACCAAGUGCCUUUGGAGCCGCCCUUGCUCUUUCUUCUGGAGGAAUACAAAAACUAUCUGGAUGCCGCUAAUAUGUCCAUGAGGGUGCGGCGACACUCCGAUCCCUCACGGCGUGGAGAGCUCAGUGUGUGUGACAGUAUUAGCCAGUGGGUGACAGCUGUGGAUAAAAAGACGGCAAUAGACAUGUCUGGGCAGACAGUUACCGUCAUGGAAAAGGUCCCUGUCCCCAACGGCCAACUGAAGCAAUACUUUUAUGAGACCAAAUGCAACCCCAUGGGGUACACAAAGGAGGGCUGCAGAGGAAUAGACAAGCGGCAUUAUAAUUCCCAAUGCAGGACAACCCAGUCCUACGUGCGAGCGCUUACCAUGGAUAGCAAAAAGAAGAUUGGCUGGCGGUUUAUAAGGAUAGACACUUCAUGUGUAUGCACAUUGACCAUUAAAAGAGGGAGAUAG